ACAUUUGAAUAGAUUCGUUGUCAGUUGAUUCUGAGGGAGAGACAGUGCACUGCCUGUCAAGCAGUGAGAGCAGCAGACACACUGAAGGAAGGAGAGUGAGUCAGAAACCACAAAGACAGGCCUUCCAGUCAACUCACCUCCCUAAGAUUCCACAAGAUGGCUGCUCCAGCACAGAUCUCUCAGGAUGAGUUGGAGGAACUGAGAGAAGCCUUUGCUAAGAUCGAUGUUGAUUCUCACGGCCACAUUGGCACAGAUGAGCUCAAUGACCUGUUCAAAGCUGCCAACCUGCCAUUGCCAGGAUACAGAGUCCGAGAGAUCAUCCAGGAUCUUACCAAGACAGGAGACCUGCAUGACGGCAAAGUCACCUUCAACGAGUUUGCCAAUGUGGUCCAUGGACUGAAGAGCACAGAGGUGGCUAAGACCUUCAAGAAAGCUAUCAACAAGAAGGAGGGCAUCUAUGCUGUAGCAGGAACCUCAGAGCAGUCUAGCUCAGGCACACAGCACUCCUACUCAGAGGAGGAGAAGGUGGCUUUUGUGAACUGGGUGAAUAAGGCAUUGGAGAAAGACCCAGACUGCAAGCAUGUCCUCCCCAUGGACCCCACCACUAACGACCUGUUCACCGCUGUCGGAGAUGGGAUCGUUCUAUGUAAGAUGAUCAAUCAGUCCGUUCCGGACACCAUCGAUGAGAGAACCAUCAACAAGAAGAAGCUCACACCCUUCACCAUCCAGGAGAAUCUGAACCUGGCUCUUAACUCUGCGUCGGCCAUCGGCUGCCACGUGGUAAACAUCGGAGCAGAGGACCUGAAGGAAGGCAGGCAGCAUCUGGUCCUAGGCCUGCUCUGGCAGGUCAUCAAGAUCGGCUUGUUUGCAGACAUUGAGAUCAGCAGAAACGAAGCUCUGAUAGCCCUGCUGAGGGAUGGGGAGAGCCUGGAGGACCUGAUGAAGCUUUCCCCAGAGGAGCUGCUGCUGCGCUGGGCCAACUACCACCUGGAGGAGGCCGGCUGCUCCAAGAUCAACAACUUCAGCUCUGACAUCAAGGAUUCAAAGGCCUACUACAACAUCCUGAACCAAGUGGCCCCUAAGGGAGAUGAGGAGGGAAUCCCUCUGAUUGCCAUCGACAUUUCAGGGAUAAGGGAGAAAGAGGACAUAAAGAGAGCAGAGUGCAUGUUGGAGCAGGCUGACCGUCUUGGCUGCCGACAGUUCGUCACAGCAACCGACGUAGUCCGCGGCAACCCCAAGCUGAACUUGGCGUACAUUGCCAACCUGUUUAAUAAGUAUCCUGCCCUGAAGAAGCCAGAGAACCAGGACAUUGACUGGAGCUCCAUCGAGGGUGAGACCAGAGAGGAGCGCACCUUCAGGAACUGGAUGAAUUCCCUGGGGGUCAACCCUCGUGUCAACCACCUCUAUGUGGACAUAGAUGAUGCUUUGGUCAUCUUCCAGCUCUAUGAGAAGAUCAAUGUGCCAGUGGAUUGGGACAGAGUAAACAAACCCCCUUACUCCAAACUGGGCAGCAACAUGAAGAAGUUGGAGAACUGUAACUAUGCAGUGGAGCUGGGGAAGAAUGAGGCUAAGUUCUCCCUGGUGGGCAUUGCUGGACAGGACCUGAAUGAGGGCAACCGAAAACUCACCCAGGCCCUGCUGUGGCAGCUGAUGAGAAGGUACACGCUGAACAUUCUGGAGGAGCUUGGUGACGGGCAGAAGGUGAAUGACGACACCAUCGUCACCUGGGUCAACGACACACUCACACAGGCUGGCAAAGGCACCAUCUCUGGAUUCAAGGAUGGGUCCAUAACCACCAGUAUGCCAGUCCUGGACCUGAUUGAUGCCAUCCAGCCAGGCUCCAUCCGCUAUGAUCUAAUCAAGGUGGAGGACCUGACUGAGGAAGAGAAGCUCAAUAAUGCCAAGUAUGCCAUCUCCAUGGCCAGGAAAAUCGGAGCGCGGGUGUACGCCCUGCCUGAGGACCUAGUGGAGGUGAAACCUAAGAUGGUGAUGACAGUGUUCGCCUGCCUGAUGGCCCGGGGCAUGAAGAGUCCCGUGUAGCUCAGUUGGUAGAGCAUGGCGCUUGCAACGCCAGGGUUGUGGGUUCGAUUCCCACGGGGGGCCAGUACAAAAAAGUAUGAAUGUAUGUACUUGUAAGUCGCUCUGGAUAAGAGCGUCUGCUAAAUGACUUAAAUGUAAAUGUAAGAGGGUGUAGUGGUCACAACCCCACAGAACACAUCACAUGAAGAGGUGAUCAGUAGAACAACCAGAAUCAGGUUACAGAAGAUAUCAGCUCACUAGGUCAAUACUAAUUCAGUAAUGUAGCUAGUAUGUCUGGAAAUCAGUGAUUCAAAACUCAGGGCUGAUAAUGAAGAGCAGAAAACAAAUAAUAAUACUGUACCUGGAGUUAUACUGGAAAUAUAUAUUUUUUUAAAAGUUUAAUGUAGCAUCUUAUUUUGAUAAGAUUUAGCUCUUUUUUACAUAGAAACUUCUUUACUUGAUGCUAUUAAUUUCAAAUUGUGACCAUUUUGCUUUCAGACUAACAUUUGUGAAAAGAUAUCAAGGAAACAGAUUUUAUAAAAUAAUUUAAAACGAA